UGUCCUGCCUCUAUAUAUGUGUAAAUGUGUGUGAGAGACAGAGGGUGAGUGGUGUGUCGUGUCCACUGAUGCACACCUCACUUGAACUCUGCUUUAUUUGGAUAUCUAUGACUGAAGUGUUAACACAUGAGACUAGAAUUUUAACUCGUAGAGGAUGUACUACGUGAAAAAGAAGUCCCAGUACAACUUGCUCAGCAGCAGCAUGGAGAGCCUGGGGAGCAGGGCCAGGCCCGCCAGCCCCUACAGCUCCGAGAACGCCUCUUCAGCCGUGCCCACCCCUUCACCUUACUCCCAGCCCAACUCCACCUUCGAGGGCCUGUCUCCUGCUCCGGCCAUCCCCUCCAACACCGACUAUCCCGGACCGCAUGUCUUCCAGGUGUCCUUCCAGCAGUCUAGCACCGCCAAGUCAGCCACAUGGACAUACUCUCCUCUGCUGAAAAAGCUCUACUGUCAGAUUGCCAAGACAUGCCCCAUCCAGAUCAAGCUGUCCUCCUCCCCUCCCCAUGGCAGCAUCUUAAGAGCGAUGCCUGUCUUCAAGAAGGCGGAGCAUGUCACAGAAGUGGUGAAGCGUUGCCCCAACCAUGAGCUAGGACGGGAUUUUAAUGACGGCCAAGUAGCCCCAGCCAGUCAUCUUAUCCGAGUGGAGGGGAAUAACCUCUGCCAGUAUGUGGAUGAUUCCGUAACAGGCCGCCAGAGCGUCUUUGUCCCCUAUGAGACUCCACAGGUGGGGACAGAGUUUACCACCAUCUUGUACAACUUCAUGUGCAAUAGCAGCUGUGUGGGCGGAAUGAACAGGAGACCCAUCCUCAUCAUCAUUACAUUGGAAACAAGAGAUGGACAAGUGCUGGGUCGAAGGUCAUUUGAAGGGAGGAUAUGUGCGUGUCCUGGCCGAGAUCGUAAAGCGGAUGAGGACCACUUCAGGGAACAGCAAGCUCUGAAUGAGAGUGUGGCAAAGAAUGGCACUGUCAACAAGCGCAAUUUCAAACAGAGCCCAGCGAAUAUUCCCAGCCCAAAUGUUAACAUAAGGAAGCGGCGGCAUGGAGAUGAGGAGAUUUACUAUAUUCCUGUACGUGGUCGAGAAAAUUUUGAACUGCUGAUGAGGAUUAAGGACAGUCUGGAGCUGGUGGAGCUGGUCCCACAGCCACUUGUGGACACCUACAGGCAACAAACGCAACAGCAGCUGCUACACAGACCGAGCCACAUAGCAACUCCCUCCUCUUAUGCUCCCCUUUCAAAUAUGAACAAGCUCCAUUCCCUUGGAGGCCUCAGUAAAUCACCCACAGUCAACCACCUGGCAGGGCAGCAGCACCAACAACACUCCACAGCCUCCACCCCCAUAGCCCAUAUGGGCCACAACAUGGUCAACAGCCACCACGUGCAGUCUAACGGUGACAUUAAUGGUGGCCACAGCAGUCAGACAUUAUUGUCUGCUUCACACUGCAGUCCACCCCCUCCGUAUAACCCUGACCCCAACCUUGUCAGUUUUCUAACCAGUCUGGGCUGCCAAAACUUCAUUGAGUACUUCACCUCGCAAGGUCUUCAAACUAUCUACCAUCUACAGACACUCUCUGUGGAGGAAUUAGGUGCACUUAAGAUACCAGAGCAGACCCGCUUAGCCAUCUGGCGAGGUCUCCAGGACAUGAAACAAGGCGCUUCCGUCCAGCCGCCGGCCUCCUCUCACCACCACGACUAUCACAGCCAGCAGCUUCUACGCUCCAGCAACAACAUGGCCGCCUCCGCCGUGGCCACCAUCGGGGCCGCCGGUGGGGAACUGCAACGUCAGCGCGUGAUGGAGGCUGUGCACUUUCGCGUCCGCCACACUAUUACCAUACCCAACAGGUCGGGUGUCGUAGGGACGACGGGGAUGGCGGCAGCGACUGAUGAGUGGGCUGACUUUGGUUUUGACAUGCCUGACUGCAAGGUGUCACGCAGCAAGCACUCAAUUAAGGAGGAAUUCAUGGAAAGAGAUGUUCACUGAGAACUAAUAAAAAUACCUCAAUUGUUUUCUCAACAAACAUUUUUAAAGACUAGGUAAUAGAUCUACUGGAGCUUUAAAUCCCUGAUUAUAGUGUUGUUGUCAUCCUUUAGUCAGGAAUUUAGCAUAGAUUGAAUGUGGGACAAUCCAAUAAGGUCAAUGCCUCUUCUUACCCAAUCAAGACUCAAAAGGACAUUUUCAGAUACCAUUACAUUGUCAAGGCAAUGCUACAGUACCCUCUGUCUGGACAAUUCUUUGUAGAGAUGGCACAUCUUUUGUGCUUGGAUACAAACAAUUUGUUCUCAGCUGAAUAUUUAUUAUCAUUCCAGGUUCCCUGGCCUUUCAAAAUGUAUAUACUGUAUCUUUGGUGUUGCUAAAAAAAAAAAAAGGGGGGGGGGGUAAUGUUUAAACUAGAGUUGUAAUUAAUUGGAGUGUGCUAAAUCAACCCACAACAUAACUUCGAUGAAUAUAUCUAAUGGCUAUGGUGAUGUGUUAAAUAUGUCAUUGGCAUUGUUCUUGGUGUGUAUUUGUAAGGAUCGUCAUGCAAUAGCAGAACUUGCAUCCAUAUAUUGUUCCAUCUGUGAAAUAAUGUUAAAUGUGACCAAAACAUUUCAUACCGGUCGAGAACAUGAAUGACAACAGUAUUACAUCUGAAUAGCAGUUAUGUAAUCAGAGUUACUAGUAGUUCAUUGUAAAUAGCAUCACUGUUCACCAUGAAUUGAGUCAAAACAGUAGCAUUUUCAGCCUUGCAGGGCGAGGUCUUCCUAUGUUGAUUCUUGAUGAUGAGAGGCUACUAAGUAUCUUAAUGGCACUUGUUUGUGUAUAUUAAAUUUUUUGUUGAUAAUUAUUAUUAUUAUGGUGCACUUCUAAUGAUAAUGUCAGUUCCAAUAUUGUUCCAAUGCAGAAGCAGAAUUGUAUCUAUUUUUUAUUGUUGUUGUAGUCAUAUAUGGACGCAUACAUUUUAACUCACCACGAGUUAAAUGUGCGUAUGAUCAGUAUUACACUUUACAAUGUACAUAAUAAUUACUGUGUUUUGAUAUUCUCGUUUCUGUUGGUGUAAACAUUAUUAUCUAUUGCCGUUUGUAACUGCUCAAUCGUGUCUAAAAUUAGAUUCAGUGUUUUUCUUGUACAAAUGUUGAUACAUUUGUGAUGUAGU